AUGGCAGCAGAACAACACGGUCUCGAGACGCAGUCCUCGCACUCAUCAUACCAGGAUACGGUUAUGGGCUCGAAACCAGAAUUGCUGCAACCAGGACAAGACGGCAUGUUUGAUGAGGAGAAAGGAGCAGUUGCUACGGCCGAAAGACCCACAAUUGGAGAUGAUGGACAACGAGAUCCUGUCGCUACACCGCCGCCGGCAUUUGAUCCCAGAGAUAAUCCUGAUGGUGGAAGGGAUGCAUGGUUGGUUGUCUUGGGUGCAUUUUGCUGCAUGUUUUGCAGUUUUGGAUGGAUCAAUUCGGACACUGCCCUGCUCCUUGAUAGCAAUGUGUAUUUCUACAGCUACACGGAUUACAUACUGGGAGGAUACAUCUUGAUUACUGGAACUUGCCUUCACGUCUUUGGUGUCAUGAUGGCUAGUCUUGCUACAGACUACUACCAGAUCAUGCUUUCUCAGGGCAUCUGCAGUGCUGCGGGAGCAAGCAUGUGCUUCUACCCAGGUAUAUCUCCUCCAUCCCAAUUCUCGGCAGAACAUGCUGACCUACAUCGCNNAGCGAUGAGCGUGAUGCCCACCUGGUUCUUCAAGAAGCGUGCAGCAGCUUUCGGUAUCAUGGCCGCUGGCUCGUCAACAGGCGGUGUGAUCUUCCCAAUCAUGGUCAACAAACUUAUUCCCAGGAUUGGGUUCGGCUGGACAAUGCGCGUCUGUGGUUUCCUCAUCCUCACUCUCAUGCUUGUCGCCAAUGCAACAGUCAAGUCACGCCUUCCUCCUCGGCCAAAGCCAUUCCACAUUAUGCAAUUCGUGCGGCCCCUCAAGGAGACACCAUACUUGCUCACGGUGCUUGGGAGCUUCUUNUUCUUCUUUGCAAUGUUCCUGCCGAUUAACUAUCUCAUCCUCCAAGCAGAGACUUUAGGUAUGUCGUCGAGGCUGGCCGAGUAUCUGAUUCCCAUCUUGAACGGCGCAUCCUUCUUCGGUCGCGUGCUGCCUGGAGUUGCGGCAGACAAAAUUGGACGAUACAAUGUCAUGACCAUCAUGAUGACUUUUGCCGGUCUACUGAUUCUCGCUUUAUGGAUGCCGGCCGCCUCCAAUGCACCCAUCAUCGUCUUUGCCGCUCUAUACGGCUUUGGCAGUGGAUCUUUUGUUUCUCUCGCUCCGUCUUUGGUUGCUCAAAUCUCGGAUGUCAGAGAGAUUGGAGUCAGGAAUGGUACAGUGUUUGCAAUCAUUUCGUUUGCAGCAUUGUGCAGUAAUCCUAUCGGUGGAGCUCUGAUCGUCCAUUGGGAUGGCAAGUACACUGGCCUACAGAUUUUUGGAGGCAUCAUGGCUUUGAGUGGUGCUUGCACGAUUCUGGCGGCGAGAAUAGUUCUGGCAGGGACGAAAGUGGCUGCUAAGGUGUAA